AUGCAGUCAAUUUUUCAACACCGCCGCCUGCGCAUCGCAGCAAAGCGAGACGUCGAUAGCUUUCGUAAAAACGCCGACUCGGCUGCAACGAGCCACCACACUACAAACGAGAUCAAUUCCGCCGAAGAGGGAAAAGGACACCAAGUCACGGAGCACACAUUGCCCGGCAUCCAAGUCCCGGAACAGUCAGAGCAUGAUGGCAGCACCACUUACCAGGUCGGAUGGGCAGAGGGCGACCCAGAAAACCCAAUGAACUGGACCCGCGCUCAGAAAUGGUGGGCGACCACGGCCGUCUGUCUUAUUGCCAUGGCUGUUAGUAUUCCGGCCUCCAUCGACGGUCCUGUCUCCGCCCAAUUCAAUGAGCACUACCACGUUGGCGCCAUCGCUGGCUCGAUGACUAUAGGAAUGUACCUGAUUGGCAUUGGAGUCGGCUCUAUGUUUGCGGCUCCGUUCUCCGAGACCUUCGGCCGCAACCUCGUCUACUUCAGCACCUUGACCCUCUUCAUCCUCUUUACUGUCGGCAAAGCACUAGCUCCAAAUUAUGGAGCCGCCAUAGUCUUCCGAUUCUUGAUUGGUUUCUUUGGAGCAGCGCCUCUAACGGUCGGCGGCGGCACGGUCGGCGACGUAUGGGGUCCACUUGAGAUCACCUUCAGUCUCCCCUACGUGACUAUGACUUCCUACGCUGGGCCCAUUCUCGGACCCAUCAUUGGCGCCUACCUCCCGAAAAUUGGCUUUCGAUGGGCCGAUUGGAUCUCCAUGAUAAUUGCUGGCGUAGUCUUGGUCAUUAUCUUCCUCUUCCAGCCCGAGACGUACUCGCCCACCCUUCUGGAUUGGCGGGCACAGCAGCUCCGUAAGCUCACGGGCGACUCCCGGUACCAAGCCGCAGGCCUCGCAUCGACCCAAUCGAUGGGACAACGCAUGCUCACCAAUCUGUCGCGCCCGUUCGCCAUGACCUACACAGAGCCGAUCAUCCUGAUCUUCUCCCUAUACCUGAUCAUCAUCUACAUUGUGCUCUUUACCUUCCUCAAUGGGUUCCCGUAUAUCUUCAGCGUCCCUUAUGGCAUCUCGAACGAACUCACCUUCAUGAUCUGGACCGCUCUCUUGGUCGGAGAUAUCGUCGCCAUUCCUCUAAUCCCCAUCGUCUAUGGCUGGACGAAGAAGGCUGCUACUCGCGCCGCCGCCAACAACCAGCCCCUCGCGCCCGAAGUCUGCCUCUACUUCGCCAUGCUCGGCGGUUCCCUCUUGAUGCCCGUCUCGCUCUUCUGGAUCGGUUGGACCUGCUACCCGGGGAUCAGCAUCUGGGCGCCCAUCCUCGGCGUCUUCGUCUUCGGCUACUCGCUCGUCACCAUCUUCACGACGACGUAUAUCUACAUCGUGUUUGUGUACCUGCAGUAUGCGGGCUCGGCGCUCGCGUUCAUGACGUUUAGCCGGUAUGUGGUGAGUGGCGCGCUGCUCCCGGCGUCGGUGCCCAUGUAUGAGAACCUGGGCCCGCACCGCACCCUCACGUGGCUCGGCGCGCUGAUGGCGGGGUUGGCGCCGUUGCCGUUUGUGCUGUAUAGGUAUGGGCAUAAGGUGAGGGCUAUGAGCAAGAAUGUUCAGAAUAGGGGUUGAGUCUGGGAUCAGGGUUGGCCAGUGACUGAGAGCUUCAGAGCCUGAUCUCGUGGCGGAUGGAGUGGGUCUUAUAGGGUAAGCGAGUGUUGAGGGUGGAGUUGAGUGCAGAUGAGAGGGGUGCAAUAGCAUGUGGUUUGCAGCAGAUCAAAAGUGG